AUGAAAGGGAAUCAGUCUUUGCUUAAGAAAUUUGGGGAAACUUUGUCCAAGGGAGCAAUGAUAUGGUAUCAUAACUUGCCCGAACAUUCAAUUGAUUCAUUUGCCAUGCUCGCGGAUGCUUUUGUCAAAGCUCACGCCGGAGCCAUCAAGGUCGAAACCCGAAAAUCGGACUUGUUCAACGUUAAGCAGCGAGAUGACGAAACCCUUCGCGAGUAUCAAUCAAAGAUCAGGGUCGAAGAUGAUAAGAUUCUGAGAGCCGCCUCAGUAUCAUGGCAUUCCGGUAAAGGGAAUGAUCGAUCGAGGAGAACGACAGAUCGAGAUUCCAGACCAUCAUAUGACAGGUAUCAACCUUACCCACCUGAUCGAAGGGGGAAUGGGCGCAACAGCGAAUCGAGCAAGAACGAUAGGAGGAAUGAUCGAAGGAACGAUCGAGGCCCAAGUAAUCGUGGACUGAUGAACAGAAAUGUUGUCGAUAGAACCUCGAGAAAUAGAGAAAUUCCAAGGUUAUCCGAGUAUAAUUUCUGCGUCGAUGUAGCGACCAUAGCAGCGGCCGUUAUCCGUAACAGAGAAACGAGGCACCCAAGGCCAAUCCAAUCUGAUCCAGAGAAGCGGGAUAAAAGCCUUAUUUGCAAAUACCAUCACACUCACGGCCAUCGAACCGAAGAUUGUCGGCUGAGAGAGGAGGUUGCCCGUCUGUUUAAUUUGGGACACCUUCGAGAAUUUCUAAGUGAACGAGCAAAAACUCACUUCAAGAACGUGGACGCCAACAAGCAAGAUAGACCGGAAGAGCCUCAGCAAGUGAUACACAUGAUCAUGGGAGGAACGGACGUUCCCCUGGGGCCGGUAGUGAAACGCACCAAAAUUUUCAUAACAAGAGAAAAGCGUAUUCGGAAUGAUGACCCCGACGGUCCCAUCUCGUUCAGUGACGAGGACAUGGAAGGUAGCUCGGCUAAUAUCAUCCGAUGGAGAGUCAUCGAGCAGCUGGGACUACUAGAUCAGAUCGUGCCAGCAAUACGAGUCCUCAACGGAUUCAACAUGGCCUGCGAAACGACGAAGGGUGAGAUCACCUUACCGAUCAACACGGCAGGAACUACGCAGCAGACCAAAUUUUAUGUGAUAGAGGGAGACAUGGGAUACAAUGCAUUGUUGGGAAGACCGUGGAUUCACCUCAUGAAAGCGGUCCCCUCAACUAUGCAUCAGGCGUUGAAAUUCCCGACCCCAGAGGGGAUCAAAACCAUUCAUGGUGAGCAACAGGCCGCAAAGAAAAUGUUCGCGGUCGAAGAAUCUGUUAAGACGACAAAGAUACCAGAUUGGAACGAAGGGGAAAGUGCCAAAUAG